AUGGAGCGGUAUUCAAGCGGGAACGUUCUUUUCGAAGAGGUCAAUGAAAUAUUCACCUCGUCAAGCUUUGGCGUAAUUGAGGAUUCGGAAUUGGACGAAACCUCUAUGGAGAGUCCUCUCCCUACAUUCUGGAAGCCCCGGAAAGGGUUGGAACGGUGGCCCAUGUUUUACUUAAGAUUUAAAAUUGAUUCGGUGGUGACAGAAGAUGCCCUUCAACCGCGUAGCUCAACCUUGGCAGUUGUCAUUAGCCUCCUGCGCGCCGUUUGCUACGCUUUCCUAAGAAGACACAAAAUGAGACCGCGAAAAUUGCUGCAUACUCGUCAAAAGUCCUCUUUGACAGAAGGCGGAAAUCGAACAUUGCCAUUUCAGAACAACCACACCAACACUUCCGCGCUGGGUAUUUUAGAAAAGUCUUCGGGUCUCUCCGAUAAUUGGCGUCGAAUCAAGGUUGGCCAUCGUGCGGGCAUGGCUGUACCACAGUCCAGCAGCAAAUAUUCACAAUUGGUUGGCUCUGGCGGUCAGCUUUUACGGGUGCCGUUUGUGGACGGAAGUCAUAAUGAGGCUUGCGCCGGAACUCUGUGUAUUGACGCGGACAGCCAUACUUUACGAGAUUAUCCGACGAGGCCCUUUGAAACCUUUGAGACACGUUGCCCUGAGGGCAAUGAACAGUGGCUCGAGAAGCUGGUUCAAAAUUGGAAAAAUCCAGUAUUUGAUACAGUCGAACCUGCCGUGUAUCAAUUGUCUACUGACUUGGGUGAUUUUUCCAACGGGGGGGACUGUCACUCUGCCUCGACCAAUAUCAGCGGAUCAUUAUCAAGAAGUUCUUUGGCAAAGGCCAAGAUUAUCGCUCAGGUGGAUAGCAAGUUUGUAUUGAUCAAAGUACCUCUUCCAUCUCCCGUUACCAGUGACGUAUUCAGCACCGAUCCAGCCCGCUUUGCUCUAUUUGCCGUCGAUCAACACGCAGCAGAUGAACGAUGCCGAUUGGAAGAGCUCAUGACAAGCUACUUUCAGCAAGCAGAGGGCACAAUCAAGCCAGUGGUUGAGCCCCUCGAUCAAUCUCUCUCUUUCGACAUGUCAAGAAAAGAACUCGACAUGUUUGCCAAGUGGAAGUCGUUUUGGGAGGGAUGGGGGAUUCGGCUUGCCGCCAAGCAUUCUCGAGCGGUGUCGGGGAGAGCCGCGGGUGUUGCUCGACCUCUUACGCAAAGAGACGUGGAAUGCGGAAGAGAACUCCAGCGCAGAGUCUACAAGAACACGGCCAAACUCAAACUUUCAAGCAUGUCCGCGCGGCAUACUCGAGCUUCUUCACUCGAGAGCAUGCCGAAGUAG